CAGCAUCCGUUUCUUACGCUUCCUUCCUGUGUUGACAGAAUGAAGAGAUGAUCGCGAGUCUGUCAAUGAACGGCGGCGGCAACGGAGGGCCGGGGAGCCGCGUGGGUCGCGGACUGGCCCUUCACAGAUCCAAUUCCAGUCUGGAGCUUCCGCACAGCCCGGAUCCUGCCUCCCGGGUGCCGGAGACGCCGCUCAGGAGGGAGUAUGGUUCCCAUGGAAGCAUCGACGUAGUGGCGCAGUCCAUCACGGGCGGCGAGAACUUCUUCGCCAUGCUGCAGGACUUUCGACCGUCGGACCAGCGCGGCGCCGUCACCGGUGACUAUCUGCGUCGCGUCCCGGACGGGUCCGGGCAGCCGCUCGACGUCGACGAGGUCUGCGGCCCGACCGGCGCCGGUUCCAGUCCGAAGCUGCGGCUGAAGUUGAACAGACUGUGGGGCGGCAAGCCGCCGCGAGCGAUGGAGGAGACGUGCACCAGCCCGGUGAUGUCGGCCGACGUGGAAGAGCGGCACCGGAGACGCGCGUUCGCCCAUUACGACUGCCCGUCGUUGACGGCGAACCUGGGCUACGCCGCGAAGCUGCGGGGGAUUCUCCUGGCCAGGAGAAGAAACACUGCCACCGGGGCGUCCGCCGCCAGCGCCCUGAGAGCGUCCACGCCCGACGAGACUCCCGAGGAGGAUGCCGGUGAUGGGAAAGGUAACGACUUGUUGGAGCCGUGUCCCUUCUUCCGCAACGAGAUCGGCGGCGAGGGAGAGCGCGAGGUUUGUCUCACUCGCUGCUCGCCGGGCAACGGAAUUCACAGACCGUCCUUAUCUUACGGUGUCUCCGUCCUGGAGCCGCCGCCCGGCGAGACUUUGUGGAAGAACACUUGUCCGCUGCAGAAACGACCCCUGCCCAUCGAGAGCGUCGACGAGGGGGCCCAUUACUACCGGCGAUACUUCCUCGGGCGAGAGCAUCAGAACUGGUUCGGCAUGGACGAACAGCUGGGACCGGUGGCCAUCAGCAUCCGCAAAGAUGUGAGUCAGUACCGCGUGAUCGUGCGCACGUCGGAGUUGCUAACGCUACGCGGGUCCGUGCCGGAGGAGGCCCUCGGUAUCAGGCCGCAGGGUCGGCCGCCCACCAGGGAACUCCUGGAGCUGGUCGCGCCGGAGGUGCAACUGGGCUGCCUGAGGCUCGGCACACCCGCCGCCGAGGAGGCGCUGGCCAGGUUGGACGAACAGGGAUUGUCCAACAGGUACAAGGUCGGCGUGCUCUACUGCCGGGCCGGCCAGAGGACCGAAGAGGAGAUGUACAACAAUCAGCACGCCGGCCCGGCCUUCCUGGAGUUUCUAGAUACCAUUGGCCAAAGAAUAAAACUGCGAGGAUUCGAGGGUUACAAGGCCGGACUGGACACGAGGACCGACUCGACGGGUACGCACGCGGUAGCGGCCACGCAUCGCGGGACGGAAGUCACCUUUCACGUGUCCACCAUGCUACCCUUCACGGCUAACAACCGGCAGCAGCUGCUGAGGAAGAGGCACAUCGGAAAUGACAUAGUCACGAUAGUUUUUCAGGAACCUGGAGCGUUGCCGUUCAGCCCGCGAAGGAUACGCUCCCAGUUCCAGCACGUGUUUAUCGUCGUGCAAGCCGUAAAUCCUUGCACCGAAAACACGCAGUACAGCGUGGCGGUGUCGAGGAGCAAAGAAGUGCCCAUCUUCGGGCCACCAAUUGCGAAGGGCGCCACGUUUACGAAGGGAAAGGCCUUCGCGGACUUCAUCCUGGCGAAGGUCAUAAACGCCGAAAAUGCGGCUCACAGAUCCGAAAAGUUCGCCACAAUGGCCACCAGGACGAGGCAGGAGUAUCUGAAGGAUCUUGUCACAAAUUACACCACCACCACAGUCGUCGACACCGGCCAGAAGUUCUCGAUGCUGUCCUUCAGCAGCAAGAAGAAGACGGCGGUGCGACCGAGGCUCUCUUGCGACGCGUCUCAACGCGGCGCGAUUUGCUGGCAAGUCAUACUCGAGGACAGCAAUCAGCAUACCGAUUGUUAUUUAGGCAUAAGCAUAGACACCAUCGUGCUGAUCGAGGAGCACUCCAGGCAAAUAGUGUUUGUCACUCCCUGCAUGAGCGUGCUCGGAUGGCACGCCCAAACGAACAGUUUAAGAUUGUAUCAUCAUCAAGGCGAAUGCAUUACCAUACACGUACGCGGUGAUUACGGCGAGAGGGACGAGUUAAUGGAAAUUGUGGCUCGGCUGCGCGCCGUAACUCAAGGCGCGCCGGCCUCAGAGCUGUCGCUGAAGAGGAACAACCUCGGACAGUUGGGCUUCCACGUUCAGCCCGACGGCGUCGUGACGCAGGUCGAAAGUAUGGGCCUGUCGUGGCAGGCGGGCCUGAGGCAGGCCUCCAGGCUAGUCGAGAUUUGCAAGGUGGCCGUGUCGACCUUGAGUCACGAUCAGAUGGUCGAUCUACUGAAGACCAGCGUCCAGGUUACCGUCACCGUCAUACCGCCGACCAACGACGGACAGCCGCGAAGAGGGUGCACGCUGCAAAACUGUCACUAUCUGUCGAAUAAUUACGAGGGGGAUUACGAGAAUGUAACCAGCGCGGAUAACGCGCCGAGUCAGCAAACGGCGAUGUCGCACCAACGGCGAUACGAUCGAUCGUUCAGCCCGCCGCGAUCGAGCAACAGCUCCGGGUACGGUACUGGAUCGAGCUCUAGAUCGUUCAACGAUCCACGGUUUCCGUUGGAGGGUACAAUGACUAGCAGCAGUAGCGGACACAGUAGUGCCGAUGAUCGUUGGUACGAGCUUCUGGAACCGCAGGAUCAAGACGGUGGUCAUCGCCCGGACGGUACGCCGCCGCCGCUACCAGUGCGACAGAAUUACCAAGUCGUGACACCCAGCAAGUCCGGCCAGAAGAAAGACAAGACACACUACGUCACCGCCAAGCAACUCGUGGACGGCUCGAAGCAUCGCGAGCAUAGUCACGAGCAUUACACGAAGGAGAGCAAUUACGUGUCGUCGAAGAUAAUUCAGGAGAACGCGCGGCACGAGAAUUACCAGCGGCAGCUGGACAAUGCGCAUCGCGGCCAGGAUCACGUAACCACGAAUUAUGUAAAACUGCAGAAGGAGCGAUACGAGAUCAAACAGGAGAACUUGUACGCGUCUCAGAGGGAGCUCCACAAGAAUGACGCGCAGCAUCACGGCCACCAAAAGCUCGGCGCGUCCAAUUCCCUGCCGUUGGCGCACAAUGCCGGUUACAGUCUGCCAAAGUCGGGCAGCAACAACAAUCUCGGCAGGUACAACGAGUACGAGCAGUCCGGCGGCAAGUACGACUACGAGACGCCCACGAAGCCGGACAGAAAUUCCAAGUACGAGAUGCAGGAGGAGAAGGCGAUCGAAAGGCCGGCGACCAAGUACGAGUACGAUGUGAGAGCUCACGACAAGAGGGUCGGCUACGAGUACUCGGAGGAUAUUUACGAGAGGAGGAACAGCAAGUACGACGCGGAGCUGGCUAAGUACGAGAUGGAGUGUCAGCACGGUGGUAACGAGAGGAAGCACAAUGACAGCAACGGAGAGCACAAUCGGGACCACGUUAAAUACGAGAUGUCGCACGACUUCAAAGUAGGCGAGAAGGUCACCUGCCUGAAGACUAGCAUGUCGGAGCGACCGGUGCCCCACAAAGUGAGCGUCGAGUACCGAGUACAGUCGAAGGACUUCCCGGCCAGUCUGCCGCCGGAAAUGAGGAUAUCGGAUGUCAAUUGUCCAGAGGUGACUACGAUGCCCAGUGAGGACGAGUUGUCGAACGGCUCGGGCAGCGUUUCGCCCAGACUGCGACGCGCCAACAAACAUCGCGGCGGCAAUCGCACCCCGUCCAGCGGCAGCUCCAGGAACCAGAGUCCCCGACCCAAGCCGGGUAUGCGGAACUCGCACCGGAAUUCCGCGAACCUGACGUCUAGCACGCUGCAGGAGGACCUCAUGAGAUUGAUCAAUCCCGACUACAUCGCCGACGACAGUCAGAUCGUCAACAACAAUCUCAUGAACAACGUGAUGAGCCCGAAUCAAAAUUCGAACAAGAUAAACAACAAUAUGUUGGAGAUCCAGAACAGGUGCAGGUCCAGGGAGAAUCUGUGCGGCAACAGCACGUCCACCCUGAGCGUGCUGCCCGCGAAUGGGCAGGAGAACGGGAACAAUGGAUCGGAAGUGAUCCUGACGAUGGCCAGACCAGCCACGGUGAUCUCGAACGCCAGCACUGCCUCGAGUCCGGCGCCGAGCGAGAAUAAACUGUCGAAAGAGGAAAGACUAUCGCCGCGUGUCACGAAGCCGCUUCAUCCAAUCAUGAAACAGCACAAUAAUCUAACGCCGAUCAAAGACGUGAAAGCUCACAACGACGCGAACGUGGACUGUUGGAAGAAUCAACAUGCGGAUUCCAACAGAUCGACGAAGCAGCACCCCCAAGAAUGGUCCGACGAUAGGCUCAUCGAUGGAUGCAACGCGAACGCGAAUCCCGUUUCGGACUUGCAGUCUCAUCUAUCCACUCUCGAGCUGAGAAUGGCGAGGGAGACGCGUCUGCGCCUCUCGUUGGAGGACGAGGUGCGCCGAUUACGCGACGAGAAUCGACGUCUGCAGGAUGAGAAUCACGCAGCCGCGCAGCAACUCCGGCGUUUCACGGAGUGGUUCUUUCAAACGAUGGAGCAUCAAUAAUCAAUAUAAUAAUUCAGAAUGUUCUGCCCGGUGAUUGUUUCGUACGACGAACCCGGUAAUCGAUAAGCUAUCUGACUCCCCGUCAGUAUCUUAGUUGUUACAAAUGAUGAAAGCAUGUCGUUGCCAACGUUCUUUAAAUAUGAAUUAAUUAUCUUUAUAUUUGAUCGUCGGAUCGGUAGCAUUUACUGCGAUCGCGUUCCCUUUCCACGAUCGCUCAAAUCGGAGCACGAUCUUUUGUAAGUACAGUAUUAACGCGGCCUUCGCCUACACGUUUAGAUGUUAGGACACAUCGAUCGGAAACAACUGCAGGCGAUUGUGAGUGUGCGUGAACACCGCGAGCGAAAAAUAAUAUAGUAUCGUCCACAGCUCUUUCGACACUUUGUAUUAUAUAGAUUCGUUAGAUUAUUCUAUUAUAAAGUAUAAGUUACCAUCGUACCGUCUCCUGCACCCCAGGAUUCGUACGUUGACAACAGAAUUAUCUAUCUAGAUCGUCCGACGUAGCAAUUAGUCUGGAUGUCCACCCGUACGGGGGCGAUGCGCGUUGAACAACAUCAAAUGUUUGAUUUUACAAAAGCGACCAAAUGACCAAAUAUUACUAGCGAGCUAAGGACCGCUUUAACUCUGUAAUUUAUUACGCCUUUUAUAUUAAUCUUCUACAUAGAUCGUUAGUGGAAACGUCGCACGCGCUAAAGCGGACGCCGACGCGAGAGCCGACGCGCUCUCUGCCAGGGGUUUCUCCUUUGUAACACGUGACGAAGCAUAAUUUCGACAUGUUGUACGAAAGCGACGUUCCCCGAAGACCGUAAGAGUCAAUAAAUAAAGAGAAAUGUGUACUUUA